AUGGUGCGCCUACCAGUCGCCACGGCUCUGGUGAGUGCUGCCACAGCCGGCGCGCUUACGCUUCCCGCCCAAACAGCCACCAGCGCUGUCGCUGCCGCACAAGCGACGCCGGAAACCACUGCAGCGCCUGAGGUGGACCUGGCUCUGUUCCAGACAGGGGACUACCUUGGACCAGUCUGUGGCUAUGUGACCGGCAGAUCAGGUGUGCCCAGUCUCAUGACCUCCAAUGAGGUAAUUCAUCAAUCGUAUGGUAUUCAGGUUAUUUUUCAUCAGUUGUAUGCUCAAGCGCCUAUUGCGGCCACCAAGACGAAUACUCGGUCCUCGCUUGCUGCGACACACUGCGAAGCGAUGGUGGCUUGA